AAUCAAUAUUUUUGGCUGUGCUAUUAUUCCACAACUAAUACAAGUUUAAAUUUGAGCGCAUUAUUUGGUAUUCAAUACUGCGCCGGAGUUGCAAAAAUGACGUUUUAUUGAUUGUCCUUCCGAUUGGUGAAUGCUGUAUACUACAACCAAUCACGUUACUUCAGUAGUAUUCAAGAAGAUGGCGUCGUUGCCGUCUCCAACACAGGUGGCUGGUAAUCAUAACUCAGUUUACGAGGCAUACUUCAGUCAGGUUGAACACUCCAGUGAUGGAACCAUAGGAGCCUUACAAGCUGCAAAAUUCUUGAAAAAGUCUGGUUUAUCAGAUGUUGUUUUAAGCAGAGUCUGGAGUCUUGCUGAUCCAGCUGGAAAAGGAUUUCUCAACAAAGAUGGUUUCUUUGUUGCACUGAAACUUGUUGCAUUGGCUCAAUCUGGAAUUGACGUAAAUAUGGUGAACAUUACAAUGGAUACACCACCACCUAAAAUGGGGGAUAUUCUACCUGCAAGUACAAUUCACAAUAACCUUAUGUCACCACCGGUCAUGAACAGCUCUGUAUCACUUAGUGACUGGGCAGUAAAACCAGCGGAGAAGGCAAAAUAUGAUAAAUUAUUUGAUUCAUUACAACCUCUAAAUGGAAUGAUCCCUGGAAAUAAGGUUAAAGGUGUUUUAAUGGAUUCAAAGUUGCCACUGGAAACACUGGGAAAAAUAUGGGAUCUUGCAGAUAUGGAUAAAGAUGGAAUGCUGGACAGGCAUGAGUUUAUGGUGGCAAUGCAUUUAGUAUACAAGGCAUUAGAAAAGUAUACAAUUCCAAGCUCCUUACCACCAGAACUAAUGCCACCAUCGAAACGGAAAGAUAUGAUGCCAGCUGUCAGUAUGUCUAAUGUGCCUAAUCUUGGAACGGGAGGAGAUUCGAAGAGUAUUCUUCCAGGGGCUCCUUCAGUACCUUGGGUUGUCACUGUAGAAGAGAAAACUAAAUAUGAUACCUUGUUCGAGCAAACCGAUAUUGAUAAGGAUGGUUUUGUGUCCGGGUUGGAAAUAAAAGACGUCUUCCUACAGUCGGGUGUACCUCAGCCUGUUCUGGCGCAUAUUUGGUCACUUUGUGAUAUAAAGCAGUGUGGCAAGUUGAACAGUGAACAGUUUGCUUUGGCCAUGUGGCUGAUCAAUCAGAAACUACAAGGGAUAAGCCCACCAGCAACUCUCACUCCAGAAAUGAUACCACCAUGUUUUCGGACAAAACAGCCUGUUGACGGAUUAGUAGAGAAUAAUAAUGCGCCUUAUUCAAAUCCUGAACUUGACAUGAUAACCAAAGAUAUAGAGGAACUCGCCAAAGAAAAACAUAUCCUCGAGACUGAUAUAGCACAAAAGGAAGCAGAUAUUAAAAUUAAAAAUGGUGAAAUUAAAAGUCUUCAGAGUGAGCUGGAUACUUUAGCUGCCACAUUAAAACAGUUGGAAAACCAGAAAGGUGAAGCACAAAAGAGGCUUAAUGAUUUAAAGAGCCAGAAAACAUCUGUAGAGAAAGAACUUAAUGACAUCAAGCAGGCAUUGGAAGAAGAGCAAGCCCAGGUUGAUAACUUGAGACGUCAAGCAGAUGAGCAGGAAAUGAGCCUCAAAGCUCAAGAAGAAGAACUGAAUUCAAAGAAGCAGGAACUGGAAGGUCUCAAACAGGAAGAAGCAAGAUUAGAGCAGCAACAAAAGGAUUCUAGGAAUCAGCUUGACAAUCUGACAAAAAAUUUGCAAGAUACACAACUACAAAUUAGCCAGGUAAAAGCAAAGAUUACGCAUCUCCAAGAGCAGCAUCGACAAAUGAACGAUGCAAUUGCGAUGUAUGAUACAGCUAUAACAGCAGGAGAUACUUCUACUGUUGUGGACACUUCACUGAAUAUUAAACCUGAGUUCAGAGAUCCUGAGUACUUAAGAAUUUGUGGUGGAAAUGACAACAGUCCUGUUGAACAGAAUAAGGCAUUAACAAAUAACAAUGAUCCUUUUGGUGGGAUGAAUGAACAUUCUGAAAAUAUUGGAGGAUUUGAUGGAGAAGAUCUUUUCAGCAAUGAUCCAUUCAAGAGCACAAAGCCAGUUCCUGCAGUUGAUCCUUUCAGCUCAAGUGAUCCGUUUAGUUCUGCCUUCCCUUCAAAACCAGCAGAUAUAUCAGUAACAGAUCCAUUUACCUCCUUUGGAACGCCAGCUACAAGUGCCAAGAAUGAUCCAUUUGAUCCAUUCGGGGAUGGGACAAACCGAAAUUCAAGCAAGUCACCUGUGGAUAUGUCGGGCAAGGAUCCAUUUGGUUGCGAUCCAUUUGCACUGCAGCCGUCUCCGAGUGGGCCACCACCUCGCCCUGAAAGCCCGAGUCCUGCGCUUCCUCCAAAGAAGAGUAAACAGCCUCCUCCUCGGCCAGCACCACCACGACCGCUGCAACAGCCAGGUGGCCGCGCAGCACCUGUUCCCCCCACCCCCAGCCCUGACCCUGGUCGUGACCCUUUCUCUUCACCUGACCCAUUUGCUGUACCAAACUCAUCUUCUGGAUCAUUUGCAAAUUUUGCAGACUUUGAUGCUAAGCCUUAAAAACCUUCUGCUCCUCCCUCUUCAGUUUCUUGGUGCAGCAGAAGGUACUCCAGUUCAUUCCGUUAAGGGUGUGGGGAAGGUGUCAAAGAAGGAGUCCAGUACAACCAAAGAUUCUACAUCAUCAUCAUCGUCACAGAACCGUUAUGCUGCUUUGGAAUUCACGGAAGAUCCAUUCAGGAAUUACAGAUACGAAGAUCCCUUCAAUAUUUCAGACCCUUUUGAAGACAGUACACCAAAUGGAAUGCCUUCAGUAUCGGAGAAAAAGCUCGAUCCUUUUGGACUAGAAGCAGAUGCAUUAUUUGUGAAAGAUGCAGGUAGCACAUUGAGUACUGUGAAUGGCAGUAACUGUGCAGUAGAUAAUAUUCACGGGCCAAAGCUUGCAAGUGUUCCUCCUGAGGACCAGCAGUUGGCUUGGGCAGCUGCAGAAAGUCUGAAGUUGGAGAAUGAACGCCGAAAAAGAAUAGAGCAGGAGCAAGCUGAUUUGGAAUAUGCUCUUGCACUUAGUCGAGGAGACAAAGCAAAACCAAAAAAAGUGCUGUGAGAUGAUGUGAAAAUUUUUAUCAGGUGUUAGAACAUUAAAUCUGUUGGUAGUGUUGGAUAUAGAAUAAGAGAAUUGUACAAUACAUUUGCAUGGUUACAUAUGAUUCCUUAUGCUUGUGUUGAUUUCUGUGCUUUUGGAUAUAUCUUAUUACAAAUAAUAUGUGUAAUCGACUGGCAUACUAUUUCUCAAUGAGUGCAUGUGUGUAUUGUGCCUUCUUCCUGAUCAUGUAAUUUAUUGUCAAUUUACUGUAUGUAUGGUAUUAUGGAAACAUGGACAGUACUAUUAAAGUGAUAAUAUUGAAACAGUUACUUGCAAGUGUGAUUAGUUUCAAUUAAAUGCUCUUUAAGUUUUGUUAUAAUGAAAGGAUGUGCACUAUAUUUUUUUAUUUGAAGUUGCAUACCAUAACAUAUUGUUUAAUGAAGCACUGUCUGAGUACUGUGUAUUGUUGUAAGACUUUAGCUGUGUAUAUAUAAAUAAUGUGAAGUGCCAUUGAGGGAAACACUUUAUGUUGUUCUGUUAGACUGUCGUUAUCAUAUAUCUUUUUGUACCCUCAAUGUUGUAUUGGGUGCUUCAUUUAUGAGCAUUAGGUACUUGGUUACGUGAGAUGUGCAGUAUUUAAAAAGUUCUGGUGUUAUUUGAGAUGCACUUAAUGAAUAGGUCUUCUUUAAAAAGAAAAAGUAGGUAAGUGUUAAUCCUGUAUAUAUUGAAACUGUACACUUAAUUCAAGUCAUGUAUAUAAAUAUUAUAACAGGUUGAGUCUGUAUUAGAUUGUGCAUACCUAUAUUAUGACUUAGUCUGUGAGUGGUGUUGAGCUGACUGAGGUGAUUUUUUUUAUCCCAAUAGCAAGAAUGAUGAAACCAUGAGGAGGUGCAUGAAUAUUGUUUUCUCUCUGUGAUACGUUUUUCAUUAAAAUUAGUUGCUUUCUUAAAAUUCAAAGUUAUGUUAAAGAAUUUGUACAAACAUGGUUUGAAAGUAAAAUGUAACAUAAAUUGUUGGUUGAUUGUUUGUUAAUGAAAACACAACUACAUUUGGAUGUAGUAACAUAUGUUUGUAAAGAAUGAAUGGUAGCUGCAGCAAAAAAUAGUAUUAUUUAGCUGCAGUGUAAUAUGUGAUAUUAUGCAUAGAUUGUAAGACAUAUUAAACAUAUUUCAUUGUUACUGCAAAGCAACCAGGUAGAAAGUUGAUUUGUUACUUGUUUUUAGUUUGAGAAUUGGGAAGUAGGCUGCAUUUGAGUGUGAAAUGCUGUACAUGUCAUUUUGUGUACAAUGCAAACCUACUUCCUUGUUAAUUAUGUUGUUCAAGCUUGUAAAAUAUUGUGGGCAACAGUAAAAUGUCUCACCUAAAUACAGCUAUGAGGAGCCUCCAUAUAACUAAACUUGUUACUGAAUUGUAAAAUAUACUUGUAAGUACAAAUACUGCUUAUUUAAGUUACUUUACGAAAGUACAGAAUUUAAUUAUUAAAAUAAUUAUUUGCUUUACCUUGAAUUCACAAACGUUAGUUAAUACUACAUGGUGCAUUCUCUCUCUCUCUCUCUCUCUCUCUCUCUCUCUCUCUCUCUCUCUCUCUCUCUCUCUGUCUGUCUCUCGCAAACACACACCCACCCACCCACACACACACACACACACACACACACACACACACACACAGAGGUAAGUGUUCUUUAAAAAGCAUAAAUAAAAUUGUUAGUAUAUAUACAAAUUUUGAAUACAAUUCAUGAAUUGUAUUUGACCUGCUUCCCGUCCCUGCCUGCUGAAUGCCACUGUAGAUUGGUCUUGAGAAAGAUACCACAACAGACAAGCAGUUAUUGUGUCAUUGGUAAUUCACAAAUGUUAAGUACACACAAAAUAAAUACUAGUUUAUACAGCAACUUGCAUGUCAUUGCUGCAGUGCUUGUCUUACAGCAGUGCUGUUUAAUUGUAAACACAGUUUUCUUUUAAGGAAAAAAGUCAUUUGCAGAGAUAUUUUUCUAGCAUAAAUGUUUUUGCUGAACUGAGGAAGUGUGUAAUUCACCAUCUCCUUCUUUUCACCCAUCGUUUACACAAAGCCAAAUACAUAUGAAAUGGGUUGCAUUUUGACAUCCAGCCUUGAAUGCAGAUGUCUGCUUGACAGUUGUUAACCCUUUGUGUCUUCCUUCCUUCCUUCCUUCCAUGUCUUUUAUUUCAUUCAGUUUUAACUAAAUCUUUUAUAGUGAGGUGUUCUCAAGAGAGAGAACAUGAUAAGUUAAAUCCAAUCACUAGUACACGAAAUUCUCUUUCCCCUCCCCCUACUGCCCCCGCCCUCCCCCUCAGGAAUACACAUGUGGAUGAACCACUCUUGCAAAUUAUAAGAUUACAUUUAAAUUUAUGGUAAGAAUAAUUGUUGUAAUGUCCAUUGGUUACCAGAAUACCACAAAGUAAUUCCAAAUUGUUUGACAUCUUUAUAGUGAACAACUACCUGUUUCUGUUAUUGGUACUAGUACUCACUCAGUGGAUUGUUCUUGUUUCUUACCAGAUUUAUUCAGUCGUCAUAUUUCUAUAUACUGCUUGAUAAACAGCCCUGCGGCAUGCUACAUAUGAGAGGGCCAGUUCUAUAUGUACUUAAGACUCUGUGGCUUUACUGCAUUGUGUAUGAAGUUUGUUUGUGUGAGAGAAUUUCUGGUGAAAUGGAAAGGGUACUAUAAUUUAAUGUCUUCCAGGAGCCAUUUUUUUCUCUUAUAAUAUACAAACAAAACUGUGUAAUCACAGUACUACUGAGGUAAUAAUGCUAUACCCACAUUUCCACAGUAUCAGAAGCGCAAUGAAAAUGUGCAAGGAACAUAAUUUCCAUCCUGAUGAGGUAUGUGUUGGGAUUGAUACAGAUUUAUAUAAAAUUUUAUUUUCUGCUAAAAUGGUGUUUAACUCAGCUUUGCUUUUAUUAGUAUGUGCUAAAAGAUUUCGUCCCCUGUACAUUAAGAAAUUCAUUUAGUUGGAGACGAGAUCUUGCUUUGUUUAAAUAUAACAUAUGCACAAAGGAAAGGAGUAAAAUCAAAUAUUGCAAUAGUAGCCCUUUUUUAACCUUUAGCCAUGGUUUGUGCUGCACUAUUGUAGUUUUUCUAUAUAUUUAAAUUAUCUAGAAUUUACCAGGAGAUGAGUGUAUUUUUGUUUGUUUUGGAACUACAGUUUUCUGAUUCAACAUCUGCAUGUCUCAUUUUUAAAACUGAACACAGGCAGUGUCAAUUUAGUUUGUCAGACACUGAUGCCAGAUGAUUUAGAGCAUAAAUGUCCCAAUAAGUAAAUUAGUUGGUUCUUGUUCGGUAACCUUAACUAAUCCUGUUGUAAUCUCACUUUGGUGAUGCAAUGCUCUGUUUUUAUAAACCUCAUCUGAGUAAGAUGAAAGUAAAAUUUGCAGUAUGCUUGGUUUUUCUGAGACUUAAAUGACACAGUGACAGUUAUUUAUAUUUCUGAAUGAGAUGGUCCACACUAAUGAACACUCAAAUUUGUGCAUUCAUGUCUAUCUCAUUAAGUUGUCUCUGAUGCCAUCAAUUACAUUAACUGGAGUGCUUCAUGUGUUUAUAGUAUGUGCUGUUUUCAUGAGGUUGCCAGUUCUUCAAUUUUUGUGGUUUCAGAAGCAGCAACUAAAGUUUAUAAGUAUGUUGAUCCCUUGCCAAAUAUUGUUGCAAUAUAAUGAAUAACAAAAUUUAUUUACCACAAUAUUCAUGGAAAGUAAAAGUGAGGUUUGUUCUUGGGUCUGUAGUAAUAUGGUGUGAUCACUGGCCUGGAACUUGUGUGUGUGUGUGUGUGUGUGUGUGUGUGUGUGUGUGUGUGUGUGUGGGUGGACGCGUGCGUAUGUGUGUGGGGGGGGGGGGGGGGUACUGGUUUCCUGUGAGAAUGAAGUUUCUUAAAUUUUGUGGAAUUUGUUGAGAAAGUUAAGUGUUGGAAGGUUGGGGAGAAGUAACUGUGGUAUUUGAAAUUGCAAGUUUUUUUUUGUAGAAGAGACAAUGUGUUUGAUCAUACUCUCUGUUAAAAAAGUCUGGAAGUUGGUUCUACUUGUAUAAUCAGUAAAGUAUAAUGAGUAAAGUAAUUCAUAUUCAGUGGAAUGCAGUGUUUCUUGUAAAUCUUAUGUUGUAUGUUUCUCUGUUCCGAUUAAAAAGUCUCUGCCAUGUGUUACGUGAGAUCCAGAUUACAAAAAAAAAAAAAAAGUUUAUAUCAAUAUGUUUCCAGACUACAGCAGUCUGUAAAGUAAAUUCAUUUGUUGUGUGGAAAGUAUCACAUGUAGGCAUUAUUAAUGUUCUGAGUAGGUCUCAGAGGAUUCUUGCAGCCAUUAGCAAGUAGAUUCAACCACAUUUGGUGUAAAUAAUGCACAUAAUUAAAUCUUCACAUACUAUGUAUAGUAUAGUAAUGGUGAUGUAAUAUUACUUCAGAAUUUUAGUAAAUUAUGCUAAUUUCCAAAAGCUCAACCACUGGUUACCAUAAAAAGCGCAAUAUUUCAGUUAAGUUUAUGAAUCUGAUACAAAGUAUGUAACAUAACAAAACAUAUUGUUUGAAAUACAUUGUUAAAUCUUGAAUAUAAAAUUCUCUGCAGCUACAUAGUGAAAAGAUCAGAGAACUCUCAUGAAAAUCAUUGUUUCUUAUGCACUUCGUACUAUUUUCAUUUCUACUUUUGGACAUAAAGAAUUGGUGUUACCUUUCCAAAGUGUGUGAUGCUAAGAAUACAAAUGAAAAAAGUUUUGAUACUCCGCCCAAAAUUUCAUGAAUAUUUAAAAUUUUGAAUUACAUAUGACACAGCAGAUAUAACUUGAGACAUAGAAUUUACUCUCUUGACAGUAUAGUACACUUAUUAACUCGUUUCACUCAUUCUUGUCUUUGGUGUACGAAAUGUUGAUUGUGCAGUGACAACAAGUGAAGUAUGUUUUGCGAGUCGGUAAAGUAACAAUUGUAAAACAAGUCACAUAAUUAACAUUAAGUAAUUUGGUGAUGAUGUCAUGUAUACUGAAGUAGUAUCACUAUAAAGUGGAGACACUUCAAAGAAAUAAAGUGUGAAAAGCCUAAACUGGGUUUUGCAAUAAUUAGGAAGUAGGUUUAUAUUCCAUUUUGAACAACACUGUACCCAUGCAUUAUCUAUCCAUAUACGUGUAUAUAUAAAUUUGGAGUUCCUACAGUGUUGCUUGCCCAGUAAAAUGUAGUCAGAAUGUAAAUGCCUGUAAAUUAUUGAAAUAUUCAUUAUAACCCAAAUAUACCUGGUUGAUCUAGUGCCUAACUGCAACUGCUUAUAUCUUAUAAUGUUUUAUUAAGUACAUGACCUCAAAAAAUAGCCAUCUGUGACAAUGAAAAAAUUAACUUAUACUUUUUUAAAAAUAAUCCGUUUGUCUCACACUAUGGAAAUUAAUAUUCUGUAUGUCUUACUCAGUUUUUCUACUAUAAUAUUUUAACCUCUCCCCUCCCUCCCUCCCUCCCUCCUUCUAUCCCCCCUCAUGCGUGUAUUGUGGGAGAUGAUUCAUGGAGCAGGGACUCAGUUUUGUUCUUUAAUUAAUAACAGUAUAUAGACACCCAUAAAUAAUAAUCUCCUGAAGGUGUUCUCAAAAUGUAGAAAGACUGUGACGUCCUGUCAACAUUGAUUGUAUUUUUUCUUUACUUUUUCAAAAAUACAUUUUAUACUCUCAUAUAAAUGUUAGGUACUAUGUGUGCACUUUAACUUUGCUAAUUUAGGAGGAUUUUUUUUGGGGGGGGGGGGGGGAGUAGAGAGUAGGAAAUGUGUCCUCCCUCUCUUCCAGAGAAGGCACCAUAUCUUCACUUUGUUUUUCAAACUGGACAUCAAGGAAAAACACGAUUAAGCAACAUGUAUUGCCCUAGAUUAUUACCAUUGAAAUGAAACAGCAUCAGUAAUUGCUGCUAUAUUGUUACAGAAUACAGUAUUGUAUGACACACAACAAUGGUAGGAACUGGACACAAAAUGCUUCCACCCUGAAGUCUUCAAAAUUCUAAUGAUUUAGAGCUAAGGAAUCCAGCCACAAAGAUAAAGUGCACACUCAGUAAGUAGUGAACUGAAGAUCAGAGCCUCCAAUUGCUUGCAUCCUUUAGUUGACAUUAAUACUGAGAGGGAAGACAUAGCUGUCUCUUUCCUGGAAAUCUAAUUGUUUCGUUUUGUAAUAUAAAAAAGUACGUGGUAUUCAUGUGGGAAUAAAACCGUGAAUCUUUGCUUCCAUUGUUGCAUUGUAUUAAUAACCUCAUGCAAACAAUACUCAAAUGACCAAUAUAGUACUUGUUAAUAAGUGCAAUCACUCUCGUAUUUUCUCUGGGCUAAUACCAGAUUGUAUAUCACUAAAACUACAUAUUCAAAACAAAUGCUUAAGUAAAUGUGUAUGUUUAGAGAACUGUUGUUAAAUAGUAUUAAGAUAUUCUGUAUUAUCUAUUUUUAUGUCAUGAUGUUUGUUACUGAUGAAGAAGACCAUCGAAAAUAGUUAGUCUUCAUAUAAUGUGAUCCACUAAGUGUAUUGUAUGUAUUGCUGUUGAGAGGUAUAUGUGUUCUGAUCAUAAAUUUGUAUGUUCUCCAUGUAACAAAUGUGCAAACAGAUGUGUAAAAAAACUGUCUUUUUAUGUCAACAUUGCACAGGAAUGAAAGCUGUAAAUAUCAUUUUCAUUGCAUAAA